GGUGAAUUGUCAAACAGCUGAGAGCCGGUUAUCAAUUGUUGUUCUUUGACAUUUUACGUAAUAAUUGUUAUUUGUUGUGAUUUUAAUCAGUUAUAAACUAAGUGGAAAAAAUGAUGAGACACUGUAUGAUGGCUGUGAGGGUAGCCAAGUCCCAGAUCCCGUUGAACACAGCCAGGAAUACUCAGAACUACCUAAUGCAGCGUUUUUACAGCAACAACGCACCUGCAAUUGGGGUAGUUGACUAUGAUGUCGUUAAGAAGCUGCCCAGCGAACCCCAGAAACUGCUCAUCGAUGUCAGAGAGCCAGAGGAGCUAAAAGAAACAGGGCAAAUCCCCACCAGCAUCAACAUUCCGCUGGGGGUGGUCAGUCAGGAAUUGGCUGCCAGCGAACAGCUUUUCAAAUCCAAAUAUGGUCGGGAAAAGCCGAAACCGGAUUCGGAAAUUAUAUUUCAUUGCAAAAUUGGCAAACGGAGCCUCAAGGCCGCAGAAGCAGCUGCCGCUUUGGGUUUCAAGAAUUUAAAGAACUACGAGGGAUCAUGGCUAGACUGGGCCCAGCGAGAAGGCUUGUCUAAGUAAAUUGUGUUCUACCACCAUAAAAUUCAACAAAGAUGUCUUCCCAAAGAGGAUUAAAUAAUUUUUAAAUUAAACGCAUUUUGCUUGUUUUGGCAAGUCAUAAAUAA